CGUGAUGAGCGUGAGGAUGAGAACGGAGAACUCGCAGCUCAUGGCUGUGCAAGUGGCGGAACACCUGACUGUCCACUCUCUUCAGCUGGUUCCGCUGCAGGUACCUGAAACAAGUGACGACACAGAAGCCGCUGAACACCAGCUGUUAACUUGUUUAACAUCGGUUCAACUAGAGCCUCGAGUUCGACUCCGGAACGAGGCAAUCAGAUGUCAGUUAAGAGAACCAGUUUGUUGCAUCACACGUGUGUAAGAGAUGCAGCAGCCCUGGGCGCCAGAAGAGAUAAUGUCCAACAUCAAGAUUAAGCCCAAUGACAGCGCACUGGAGCUACAGGUAGCCCUCAAGAAAGCAAGGAGACUGAAGCUGCAGGAGGCUGUUACAGAAUCAAAGAACAAUGUAGAAAAGGUGGCAGAGUCAGUACUGGAGAGAAGCUCAGAAGGAAACACGGAAGGCGGUUCCAUUGUGCUGAAUGCUACCGCAGAAUUCUGCCAUGCGUUGGGUGACAUCCCCCUUUAUGGUCUGGCUGGCAACGGAUGAGGACGCUCAGGAACUAGACUUUGAGAGGGAAAUGAUUGAAGAGAAGACACGUCAGGAAGAAGAAGGCAAACGUGGAGCUUGGAAUGAAGUUUUGAUUGG